CUGGAAAAGGUGGUUUCGUUUAGGCCCGACCCUACUUGGUAUAAAUACAUGGAAAAACAUUAUUUUCUGAACUUUUUGACACACUUUAGGCCUAAGGAAGCUAAGGAGGAGUUGGAGGAGCAAAAGGUCUUUUCACCUUUUUAUCAGCUUUGUGAUGUGAAGCUGCAAUAUUCUCGGUAUUGCAGACCUCAAAAUCCUCUGCCUUCAGCGAGCAAGGGGUCGUAUUCCCAAGUGGCUUUCUCAUAUGACGGAGAGGGUAAAGACGAGCCUCACUUUUCAGAUGGUGAAGAAGAUGGUGAUGAUGAUGAGGAUGAUGAUGAGGAAGAAGAUUUUAACAGUGAUGAUAGCAACGACGAAGUGAUGGAGUCAAUUGCCAAAGAUUAUGGAGUGAAAAGGUAUGGAUGGCUUGUCUACAUGGACAAAAAGGCAAAGGAGGAAGAAAGGAGGCAAAGAGAAGUAAUCAAGGGAGAUCCUGCAAUAAGGAAACUUAGUCGCAAAGAAAGAAGGAAGGCUUCUCAAUUAGAAAGAGAGAGGGAGAGAGAAGCAGCCCGCAUUACCGGGAGCAGAGUUCUCCAUCAUGAUCCCUAUCGCGAGUCUCGACGGAGUCCAACAUACGAAGCUUAUUCACGUUCCAGAAGGUCCAGGUCAAGGUCUCUCUCAUACUCGCCUCCUCAUUCAAGACGCUAUGAACGUGGAGGAAAAUCUGAUGAUAUUUACCAAGGCAAGGAGAGAGCUCCGAAAAUAGAGUAUAUCACUGAAUUUGGUGGCGCAGACGAUGAGAGUGAGCCUAAAUUUGAAGGAUAUUCUCCACCACCGUCUCCUCCGUCUCGAACUGAUCCAUUAAACCGGCCAUCAGCUGGUCGUAUUCUUGAGGCCCUUCAUGUUGAUCCUGCAUCUGGGGUAUCUGUUGAUAAGGAUAAGAGUGCACAAAUGUUGAAAACACCAGCAAGUGCAUCAUCAGCAUUAUCAAAGUUAAACAAGACAACUAGCAGUUCAAUCCUCUCUAAACAGCAGGGUGAAAAGAAGGAAACACCUCAGGAGCGACUUAAGCGGAUAAUGAGCAAACAAUUGAACAAACAAAUCAAGAAAGAUACAGCUGUUGAGAUGGCCAAGAAAAGAGAACAAGAGAAACAGAGGCUUGAAAAGCUUGCAGAAACAAGCCGAGUAAGUCGGUAUCGUCGCCGAAGCCGUAGUAGAAGUUACAGCCGUUCCCCUCGAAGGCACCGACUUAGCCGGAGUCCUAUCCGGGAAAGGAGUUCUCGUAGAUACCGUUCACGUUCCAGGUCUCGCUCAUGGUCGCGGACUCGCUCUCACUCACGCUCACACUCACCGUCGCGUUCUUACUCUAGUUCCCACUCGCUUUCUCGUUCCAUUUCCCGGUCUCGUUCACCUCGGGUUAGGAGGCGAUCGAGACACUGAUACUCAGGUAUGAGUGGAUGCAUAAACGUGCCCAAGCUGAUCGUUAGUCAGCUGUGUGCGGUAUAUAGAUUACUGAUAUAUUAGACUGGUAAACUUAUGGUGAAGCUGAAUUUGGCUGAUCGUGGGAACUUAUAUUCUUGUGUUGUGUUUAUUUGUUUUUGGUUUCUUUUGAAGUUUUAGAAGAUAUUUGUGUGACAAGUAAAAUUUCUUCAGCUU